AACACAAAACAACUCAAAACAGAGAGCCGCCACAGGGCAUUGUUGUCUCCUUCCUCAAUCCGCCUUUGACCGCCUGCAGACGGCGGGUCAACCCUCCUCCUCCUCCCUCCUCGACAAGUUCUGGUAUAGGCAGUUAUAAGGGUAGUGAAGAAAAUUGCUAUAUGGCUCUUACUUUCGAGGUUUUAGGGAGGUUUAAUCGAGCUCGUGCAGCUCGGCUGACCCUCCCUCACUAUGUGUGCCAGACUCCCCUAUUUAUGCCUGUGGGAACACAAGGAACAAUAAAAGGUUUGACAACUAACCAGCUUGAGGAGAUUGGUUGUCAAAUAAUUCUUGGGAAUACAUAUCAUUUGGCACUUCGUCCUACUUCCGAGCUUAUUGAUGAACUGGGUGGUCUUCACAAGUUUAUGAACUGGCCUAGAGCAUUGCUUACUGAUUCUGGAGGAUUUCAAAUGGUUUCACUUCUCCAUUUAGCUGACAUUACCGAGAAAGGUGUAACAUUUCAGUCACCAGUCAAUGGAAAGCCGAUGCUCCUAACACCAGAGGAAUCUAUUCAGAUCCAAAAUAGAAUUGGAGCAGAUAUUAUUAUGGCUCUUGAUGAUGUAGUUAGAACCACUAUUACUGGUCCACGAGUUGAGGAGGCCAUGUAUCGUACCCUCCGGUGGAUAGACAGAUGCGUAGCAGCUCAUAAAAGACCACAUGACCAGAACUUAUUUGGUAUUGUGCAAGGUGGCUUGGAUCCUACGCUAAGGGAUAUAUGUGUUAAAGGGUUGGUAGAACGGAAUCUACCUGGCUAUGCCAUUGGUGGUCUCUCAGGUGGAGAAGAUAAAGAUUCAUUUUGGCGUGUUGUUGCUCAAUGUACCGCAGCACUGCCUGAGAAUAAACCCCGAUAUGUCAUGGGUGUUGGUUAUCCUUUGGAUAUCGUAGUUUGCAGCGCCUUAGGUGCUGACAUGUAUGACUGUGUUUACCCUACUCGUACUGCUCGUUUUGGUACUGCUUUGAUACCUGAGGGAGUGCUGAAACUUAAACACAUGGCAAUGGCUGAAGACACUCGCCCCAUUGAUCCUACAUGUGCUUGCAUGGUUUGCAAGAACUAUACAAGGGCCUACAUCCAUUGUCUUGUAACAAAAGAUGCCAUGGGAUCUCAGCUCCUUUCAUAUCAUAAUUUGUAUUACAUGAUGAAGCUUAGUAGAGAUCUACACUCAUCCAUCAUUGAGGGAAGGUUUCCCGACUUCGUGUGUGAGUUUUUGCAGAAAAUGUUUCCUAAAGGUGAUGUCCCCGAGUGGGUGUGCAACGCCAUGGAAGUUGCUGGAAUUGAUAUCUCCUCCUGCUGUGCACCCUUUUCAACAGCCAAGGAUGAGCAUUAACCUUAAUUACACGAAGACAGAAUUAAUGAGGCAAGCUCUUACUUGCUUUAACAAGAAAAAUUGAUAGCAAAGAAUUUUAACACACAGGUAACAACAAUGAGCAGCAUAUAUUUUGUACCCAAUAUGCUGCUUCCUUACAAAUCACAACCCAUUUCGGAGAUUUGCUUCCUCUGUUUGCGUUGAUAUAUCUCUUACACUCACCGUGAGGUAUUUUGUUUUUGCUAUUGGAUAUGAUUUUGUUCAGUGAAGAUUGUUUUCUGGAAUUCUGGAUACUUGUAUAAUCUUUUUACC